AUGAUUUGGAUAAAGUCAAGGAAUGAAACUCAAUCUCCACCGCCUCAACUAGUUCACACUCAAGGCCACAGCCUGAGAGACCUCACCUUUAUUGCAGUAGACCAUCUGCAUGCAUCUGGUCAAAAGUUAAAGGCUCAGAGGCAAAAAAGGCAGAAUUUUAGUAAGGAUGUCUCCAUGAGCAACUCGGACAACACUAGCACAUUUCUCCACUACCAACCCCCCUCACACCCCAGCUUUCCAGAGCCAUCUAGCUUGCCAGAGCCAUCUAGUAGCUUGCCACAGCCUUCCCACUCACCCCUGAUGCCUGAAUCACCUCCAAUGUCUCCUCGACCCGUCCUAACGCCACUAUCACUUCCAGGAUCUCCCCUGCAGGAAGCAAAAUCUGUGCCACCAUCUCCCGUUGCACACAACAUGCACACAUUAUGUUUUCAGCCUGGGGCUGAUGCAAGCCUCUGGAGUCGAUGGAGGCUGUCGCGAGAGGUAGAGUCAGAUACGGACUUGGAGUUGUUGGCAAAGGAGCUCGAUAAACUGUGGGACUUCAAGCACGAGUACCUUUGGAUGAAUUGGACGCAUAUCAUUGAUUAG